AUGGUUAGAGACUGUCAUGCGAUUCAAGCAGUGAAUUCCCUGCUGGUUUAUUUCGAGGAUUUUGCACAGAAUUAAUGAACAAAUAAUUAUAGGCCUAUGUGAUAACCGCGGGAAAAAGAACUGUACGUGGUUGUGGAUGUAACUGUUGCACUUUAAAUACAGACAUGAACCACUGAAGCUGAGACGGACAAGGACUGCAAUAAGCUCACGUGACGAGCUCUAUUCUCCCAUCACCAAAAGAUCUCAAUCAUGACACCCAAAUGGCUGGUUAUUUUCCUUUUUCUACAAUCUGGGACCGAAAAUGCAUUCCCUAUGGCCCCGACCAAGCUUCCCCCUGAGACAGGCACCUACAGGGUCACAGACACAAGCCUCACUCAUCUCACAGUGCAUAGUCGGACGGGAGAGGUCUAUGUGGGAGCAGUGAACCGGGUCUAUAAGCUGUCUGCCAACCUAACAGAGCUGCGUUCACACAUGACUGGCCCCGUGGAUGACAACGCCAAAUGUUACCCCCCUCCCAGCGUCCGAGCUUGUGCACAUAAACUGGAGUCCUCUGACAACGUCAACAAGUUGCUGCUGGUUGAUUACGCUGGCAACCGCCUGGUAGCAUGUGGAAGCAUCUGGCAGGGUGUGUGUCAGUUCCUGCGGCUGGAGGACCUCUUCAAGCUGGGAGAGCCCCACCACCGCAAGGAGCAUUACCUCUCUGGAGCCAGGGAGGCUGACGGCAUGGCAGGAGUGGUGGUUGACAGAACAGAAGGGAAGUGGAAAAAUGAGAAGAAGGGGGCUAGCCGGCUGUUUAUCGGGGCAGCCAUCGAUGGCAAGUCAGAGUAUUUCCCUACCCUGUCCAGCCGUAAACUGGUCGCUGAUGAAGAGAGUGUUAACAUGUUCAGUCUGGUCUACCAGGACGAGUUUGUGUCCUCACAAAUCAAGAUACCCUCUGACACUCUGUCCCUCUACCCGGCGUUUGACAUUUACUACGUGUAUGGAUUCUCCAGCCGUACUUACAUCUAUUUCCUGACAUUGCAGCUGGACACACAGCUCACCCAGAUGGAUGCCACCGGUGAAAAGUUUUUCACCUCCAAGAUAGUGCGGAUGUGUUCUAAUGACACCGAGUUCUACUCUUACGUGGAGUUCCCCCUGGGUUGCACCAAGGAUGGGGUGGAGUACCGGCUGGUCCAGUCUGCAUACAAGCACCGUCCAGGUCGGAUGCUGGCCCAGGCCUUGGGGCUGUCUGAGGACGAGGAUGUGCUGUUUGUGGUGUUCUCCCAGGGCCAGAAGAACCGGGCCAACCCGCCUCGGGAAACGGUCCUGUGUCUCUUUACCCUGCAUCAGAUCAACCUGGCCAUGAGGGAGAGGAUCAAGUCGUGCUACCGUGGGGAAGGCAAGCUGUCCCUGCCCUGGCUGCUCAACAAGGAGCUACCCUGCAUCAACACGCCAAAGCAGAUUGGAGAUGAUUUCUGUGGGCUGGUGUUGAACCAGCCUUUGGGGGGUCUACGGGUGAUAGAGGGGACCCCUCUGUAUGACGACCGCGUAGAUGGCAUGGGAGCAGUAGCAGCCUACACCUAUGGAGACCACUCAGUGGUGUUUGUGGGAACCCGCAGCGGACACCUCAAAAAGAUCCGAGUGGAUGGCAUACCUCCCCCAUCCCAGAGUGCUUUGCUGUAUGAGACCGUUACAGUGGUUGAAGGGAAACCUAUUCUGCGUGACAUGGUAUUCAGCCCUGACUACCAAUACAUUUACCUGCUGAGUGACAAACAGGUGAGCAGGUUACCUGUGGAGAGCUGUGGCCAGUACACCACCUGCAAGACCUGUCUGGGCUCUGGAGAUCCCCACUGUGGAUGGUGUGUUCUUCACAACAAGUGUUCCAGACAGGAGGCCUGUGAGAAGUGGGCCGAGCCGCAGCAUUUUAACACAGAGCUGGACCAGUGUGUGGACAUUAGUGUCACACCUAACAACAUAUCUGUGACCUCUACUUCCACCCAGCUGAGUGUGAAAGUGGUAAACGUGCCCAGCCUGUCAGCCGGGGUGACGUGUGUGUUUGAGGAGUUGACAGAGAGCCCAGGGGAGGUGCUGGCCAAGGGGCAGAUCCUCUGUAUGUCCCCCUCCCUCAGAGAUGUCCCCUCCCUCGCACAGGGAUACGGUGACAAGCGAGUGGUCAAGUUCUUCCUGAAGUCCAAGGAGACAGGGCACAAGUUCAUCACCACUGACUUCAUCUUCUACAACUGCAGCGUGCUCCAGUCGUGCACCUCCUGUGUGAGCAGCCCCUUCCCCUGCAACUGGUGUAAAUACCGCCACAUCUGCACCAACAACCUGGCAGAGUGCUCCUUCCAGGAGGGACGCGUCAGCAGCGUGGAGGGCUGUCCUCAGAUCCUGCCCACCAGUGACAUCCUGGUACCUGCAGGGAUCAUUCGGCCAAUCACUCUGCGAGCCCGGAACCUCCCUCAGCCUCAGUCUGGACAGAAGAACUAUGAGUGUGUGUUCAACAUCCAGGGCAAGAUGCAACGCAUCCCAGCUGUGCGCUUCAACAGCUCCUGUAUCCAAUGCCAGAACACCUCAUACUGGUAUGAUGGGGACGAGACGGGAGACCUGCCUGUUGACUUCUCUAUCGUCUGGGACGGAGACUUCUUCAUCGACAAGCCUUCCACCAUGAAAGCCCUGCUGUAUAAGUGUGAGGCCCAGAGGGACAGCUGUGGCUUGUGUCUGAAGGCCAGCACAGCGUUUGAGUGUGGCUGGUGCCUGGACAACAAGAAGUGUCUCCUGAAGCAGCACUGCCAGACACCGGAGCAGAACUGGAUGCACCCCGGCAGGCACAACGUCCGCUGCAGCCACCCCCGCAUCACCAUGAUCCGCCCGUUGACGGGGCCCAAAGAGGGGGGCACGCGAGUGACGAUCGAGGGGGAGAACCUUGGGCUGCAGGUGCGGGAGAUCGCCCACGUCCAGGUGGCUGGGGUUCGCUGUAACCCUGUGCCCUCCGAGUACAUCAGCGCUGAGAGGAUUGUGUGUGACAUGGCCGAGGCGCUACUGCCCCACUCUCCAGGUGGCCCAGUGGAGCUGUGUAUCGGGGUGUGCAGUGCAGAGUACCGCACUCAGUCAUCCCAGACCUACUCCUUUGUGACCCCCAGCUUCAACCGUGUGCGCCCGGAGAAGGGCCCCGUGUCUGGGGGGACCAGGCUGACAAUAUCAGGCCGUCAUCUGGACGCUGGGAGCACUGUCACUGUAUUCAUCGCCCAGGAGGAGUGUCUGUUUGUUAAGAGGACCAAAAGGGACAUUGUGUGUGUGACACCGUCGUCACUGUCUGGCUCAGGCCCCGCGUCACUCAAGCUGUUAAUUGACAAAGCUGAAGUCACCAGCAGUGACACACGCUACAUCUACACAGAGGACCCCACCAUCUCCAGCAUCGAGCCCAGCUGGAGUAUAGUGAAUGGUAGCACCUUGAUCACCGUCACAGGUACCAACCUGCUCACCAUCCAGGAACCCAAAGUCCGUGCCAAGUAUGGAGGAAUAGAGACUACUAAUGUGUGCACUGUGGUUAAUGAUUCUGUGAUGACCUGUCUGGCCCCGGGCAUCAUUUACACCAAGCACCAGGCGCCAGAGUCAGGCCUGCACCCCGACGAGUACGGUUUCAUCCUGGAUCACGUGGCCGCACUGCUCGUCCUCAAUGGGACACCUUUCACCUACUACCCCAACCCCACCUUUGAAACACUAGGGAACUCUGGGAUACUGGAGGUCAAGCCUGGCUCUCCCAUUAUCCUCAAAGGAAAGAAUCUGAUUCCCCCUGCUCCGGGCAACACCCGCCUGAACUAUAGUGUGAUGAUUGGUGAAACUCCCUGUCUGUUAACCGUCUCGGAGUCACAGCUGCUCUGUGAUUCGCCAGACCUGACCGGGGAGCAGAGAGUCCUGAUUGUGGUGGGUGGUCUGGAGUACUUCCCAGGCACCCUGCACAUCUACUCCGACAGCACCCUCACCCUGCCGGCCAUCAUCGGGAUCGGGGCGGGAGGAGGGGUGCUCCUCAUCGCCAUCAUCGCCGUACUUAUCGCCUACAAGAGGAAGACCCGGGACGCUGACCGCACCCUGAAACGCCUGCAGCUGCAGAUGGACAACCUGGAGUCCAGAGUGGCCCUGGAGUGUAAAGAAGCAUUCGCUGAGCUGCAGACAGACAUCCAGGAGCUGACCAAUGACAUGGAUGGAGUGAAGAUCCCCUUCCUGGAGUAUCGCACCUACACCAUGAGAGUCAUGUUCCCCGGUAUCGAGGAGCACCCCGUCCUCAAGGAGCUGGAUUCCCCGGCCAAUGUGGAGAAAGCCCUGCGUCUGUUCAGCCAGCUGCUGCACAAUAAGAUGUUUCUGCUAACCUUCAUCCACACCCUGGAAGCCCAGAGGUCCUUCUCCAUGCGGGAUCGCGGCAACGUGGCCUCUCUGCUCAUGGCCGCGCUGCAGGGCCGCAUGGAGUAUGCCACCAUGGUGCUCAAACAGCUGCUGGCAGACCUCAUCGAGAAGAACCUUGAGAACCGCAACCAUCCCAAACUGCUGCUCCGACGGACAGAGUCUGUGGCAGAGAAGAUGCUCACCAACUGGUUUACGUUUCUGCUGCAUCGAUUCCUCAAGGAGUGUGCGGGCGAACCUCUGUUCAUGCUGUACUGUGCCAUCAAGCAGCAGAUGGAGAAGGGGCCUAUAGACUCCAUCACAGGAGAGGCGCGCUACUCCCUCAGUGAGGACAAGCUCAUCAGACAGCAGAUUGACUACAAACAGCUGACUCUGAUGUGUAUCCCUCCGGAGGGAGAGGCAGGCACGGAGGUCCCGGUGAAGGUGCUGAACUGUGACACGGUCACUCAGGUGAAGGACAAGCUGCUGGACGCUGUAUACAAGGGCAUCCCCUACUCCCAGAGGCCCCAGGCUGACGACAUGGACCUGGAGUGGCGACAAGGUAGACUGACCAGAAUUAUCCUUCAAGAUGAGGACGUCACCACAAAGAUUGAGAGUGACUGGAAAAGGCUCAACACCUUGGCCCACUAUCAGGUGACCGAUGGUUCUCUGGUAGCCUUGGUCCAGAAGCAAGUCUCAGCCUACAAUAUUGCUAACUCGUUUACCUUCACCCGCUCUCUGAGCCGCUAUGAAAGCCUCCUGAGGACGUCCAGCAGCCCAGAUAGCCUGCGCUCCCGUGCCCCCAUGAUCACCCCUGACCAGGAGACUGGCACCAAGCUCUGGCACCUGGUCAAGAACCACGAGCACGCUGACCAACGGGAGGGCGACCGCGGCAGCAAGAUGGUGUCUGAAAUCUAUCUCACCCGCCUACUGGCAACCAAGGGAACUCUGCAGAAGUUUGUAGAUGAUUUGUUUGAGACGGUGUUCAGCACGGCCCACCGCGGCAGUGCCCUCCCUCUGGCCAUCAAGUAUAUGUUUGACUUCCUGGACGAGCAGGCCGACAGGAGGCAGAUCACUGACCCGGACGUCCGCCACACCUGGAAGAGCAACUGUCUGCCCCUGCGUUUCUGGGUGAAUGUGAUCAAGAACCCUCAGUUUGUGUUUGACAUCCACAAGAGCAGCAUUACGGAUGCCUGUCUGUCUGUGGUGGCCCAGACCUUCAUGGACUCGUGCUCUACAUCAGAGCACCGCCUGGGCAAGGACUCCCCCUCCAACAAGCUGCUGUACGCUAAAGACAUCCCCAACUACAAGAGCUGGGUGGAGAGGUACUACAGAGAUAUCAGUAAGAUGCCUACCAUCAGUGACCAGGACAUGGAUGCCUAUCUGGUGGAGCAGUCUCGUCUCCAUGGCACCGAGUUCAACACUCUCAGUGCUCUCAGUGAGCUCUACUUCUACAUUAACAAGUACAAAGAGGAGAUUUUGACAGCACUGGACAGGGAUGGGUACUGCCGCAAACACAAGUUGCGACACAAACUGGAACAAGCCAUUAACCUUAUGUCGGGCAGCAGCUGAGGGCGGAGGAUGGAACAGGGGGUCAGGG